GAAGAGGAGUUUCCUGUUAGCUUCUGAAGCUACACGUAGCUAGCUGGACACACUGAGAACUCCUUUGAACAGAUUAAACUUCACUCUGCUUUCUACAAACAUGUCUAAGGUCCACCAGCUGAGGGACAUGCUGAACCUGCGGCUAACACCUGCUGACAAAGAAAUAUUUGAGCUGUUUGAUGGAAUGGUCGCACAUUAUGAAGGUGUGAUUGCAGAGUAUGAAGAAAGGAUUGCAAAUUGUGAAGAAGAAAUUCGUCAUUUAAAAGAAGUGAACAAAGGCGGGAAAGGGCUGGAUGCUUGUUUUAAUCCUGAAGUUUGCUUCCACAGAACAGACAUGCAGCAGAUGUUGGUGAGUAAAGAAGAUGUCCUCCCUGAACAGCAGGAUUGGAGUCAGUCUGCGGACUCACAGGACUCAGAGCUUCCAAACAUUAAAGAGGAACUCUGGAGUGAAGAUGAAGAAAAACCACAGUCAUCACAACUCCAUCAAAGCCAAAGAGAUGAGAGCAGCGAAGUGGAGCUUCUUUCCAGCAACUCGACUGAACACAGAACACUGAAAGUAGAAGCUCAUGUAGAUGACUGUGGAGGAUCAGAACCAGCCAGAGGCUCAGGGCCAUGCAGUCAUUUACAACACACUGAUGACAUGCAGCAGCUGUUGAAAGAAGACGUCCUCCCUGAUCAGCAGGAAUGGAACCAGACUCGGGACCCACAGGACUCAGAGCCUCCGAACAUUAAAGUGGAACAGGAGGAACUCUGGGUAAGUCAGGAGGGAAAUCAGCUUUGUGGGAAGGAGGAGGCUGAUGUCACUAAGUUACCUUUGACUGUUGUCUCUGUGAAGAGUGAAGAUGAAGAAAAACCUCAGUCAUCACAGCUUCAUGAAAGCCGAAGAGAUGAGAGCAGCGAAGAGGAGCUUCUUUCCAGCAACUCCACUGAACACAGAACACUGAAAGUAGAAGCUCAUGGAGACAACUGUGGAGGAUCAGAACCAGCCAGAGACUUGGGACCAUGCAGUUGUUUACAACUACAGACUGAUGAUAUACAGCUGUUGGCGAUUAAAGAAAUAGCAUCUGAACAGCAGAAGUGGAAUCUGAGUGUUGACCAGGAUGACAUUAAAGAGGAACAAGAGAAACUCUGCAUAAGUCAGCAGGGACAGCAUCUUCAUCAGCUGGAGGAGUCUAAUAUCACUGAGUUCCCUUUCACUGCUGUUUCUGUGAAGACUGAAAAUUAUGAUGAAAACCAACAGUCAUCACAGGUUUAUCAAAGCCAAAAUGAGAGCACAGAGGCUGAGCCAGUCGCCAGCAGCUCAACUGUGUACAGAACACUGACAACACAAGCUGAUGGAGAGGACUAUGGAGGACCACAACCAGCCAGCAACUCGGGUACAAGUAGUCAUUUACAACCACAUAGCAGUGGUAGGAGUUCCAACAGUUUUGACUGUUCUGAAUGUGGUCAAAGAUUUGGACAAAAGGGUGGCCUGAAGAUACACAUGAGAAUUCAUACAGGAGAGAAACCAUUUGCCUGUUCUGACUGUGGUAAAAAAUUUGUACACAAGGACAGCCUGAAGGCACACAUAAGAAUUCAUACAGGAGAGAAACCAUUUGUUUGUUCUGAGUGUGGUCAAAAAUUUGUACAACAGGGCAGCCUGAAGAGACACAUGAGAAUUCAUACAGGAGAUAAACCAUUUGUUUGUUCUGAGUGUGGCCAAAGGUUUGUGCAAAAGGGCAAUCUGAAGACACACAUGAGAAUUCAUACAGGAGAGAAACCAUUUGGUUGUUCUGAAUGUAGUCAAAGAUUUAUACAAAAGGACAGCCUGAAGAUACAUAUGAGAAUUCAUACAGGAGAGAAACCAUAUCUCUGUUAUGAGUGUGGUCAAAGAUUUGUUCAAAAGUGCAAUUUAAAGACACACAUGAGAAUUCAUACAGGAGAGAAACCAUUUGUCUGUUCUGUAUGUGGUCAAAGAUUUGCGCAAAAGGAGACCCUGAACAUACACAUGAGAAUUCAUACAGGAGAGAAACCAUUUGUCUGUCCUGAGUGUGGCAAAAGAUUUGCACACAAGAGCCAUCUGAACAUACACAUAAGACUUCAUACGAUACAGAAACCAUUCAGCUGUUCUGAUUGCAGUAAAAGAUAUGUGCACAAGGGCAAUCUGGACAAACACAUGAGAGUUCAUAGGGAACAGAAGUCUGCAGAACAGAAGAAUACUGUGCCACAAUGGAAAAAGACAUUACAACAGAAAAUCAGUCAUCUAAGAGCAGAGAUCUCCCAAUUGUCAACAUUUAUGGGAGUCCAAAGUCCGUCGCAUUAAAGGAAAA